AUGAGCAGCAAGGAGCACCGAUUUGAAAACAUGGAGCGACUGCAGCGUUUGUCGUUGCAUUUGAAAGCCCAGCCUGUUGCAAGCGGAGAGUUCGUGUCUUCCAGCGCGGAAGCCACCAUUGCAGUCACAAAUCCUGCCACUGGUGAAGAGAUUGCUCGAGUUCCUGAUGGGACUGCAGCUGAUGUUGACCUGGCAGCCACGGCUGCCCUAGCAGCUUAUCCUGGCUGGCGUGACACGCCGGUCAAAGCCCGUGUGGAGAUCCUCUUCCGCUUCAAGAGCCUCUGUGAGGCCAAUUUGGCUGAACUCACGGCGUUGGUUGUGAAGGAGCACGGCAAGAACAGCGGAGAGGCAGAAGCAGAAGUGCUGAAAGGCCUGGAGACGGUCGCCUUUGCCACGGGCUUGCCGGAUCUGCUGGCUGGCCGAAUCUUGGAGGUUGCCAGGGGCGUUUGGUGCCAUGAGGUGCGACGCCCGGUCGGAGUGGUUGCCUCCAUCGUACCCUUCAACUUCCCGGCGAUGGUGCCGCUGUGGACACUUCCCAUUGCCAUCGGGUGCGGAAAUUGCUUCAUCAUCAAGCCCAGCGAGAAGGUUCCUCUUACUCUAAUGAGAAUGGCAGAGCUCUUGCAGGAAGCAGGAUUGCCUCCAGGUGUACUCUCGGUGGUGCACGGCUCGCAAAACGUGGCCAAGGCUUUAGCAGAAAAUCCGAAGAUCUCUGCUGUGUCGUUCGUGGGAAGCUCCAGAGUGGCCGAUAUCAUCGAUAAGACAGCUCGAAGUGCAGGAAAGCGCGCACUUUGCAUGGGUGGCGCCAAGAAUCAUCUCAUUGCUAUGCCUGACUGCGACGAGGACAUGACAAUCAGUGACAUCAUGAACUCAGCCUUUGGAUCUGCAGGGCAACGAUGCAUGGCAGCGAGCAUUCUUAUUGUUGUGGGAAAAGGCCGGAAAACUCUCUUGGAAAAGCUGGUGGCCAAGGCUGCUUCCUUAAAGGCUGGACAGGCACCAGGAGAGAUCGGACCAAUUAUUGAUCCGCCUGCAGUGCAGCGCAUCAGCGGAUACGUUGCGAACUGUGAGUCGCAAGGUGGAAAGAUCUUGCUGGAUGGACGAUCGUGGCAAUCCAAGAGUCCCGGCUUCUGGUUCGGUCCUACUGUUCUCCUUCAUCAGUCUUCAAAGGAGCCAGCGAUGCAGGAUGAGAUCUUUGGCCCAGUGUUAUCUGUUCUGGAGGUCGACACAUUCGAUGAAGCAGUUGCCAUAGAGAACGCAAACCCUUAUGGCAAUGCAGCUGCUAUCUACACCAUGUCGGGUCAGACAGCUCUGGAAACAGAGAAGCUGGCCGCGGGCAUGAUUGGUGUGAACAUUGGUGUGCCUGUGCCUCGUGAGCCUUUUAGCUUUGGUGGCAUUUUGAGAUCGAAGUUUGGUGACUCUUCCGACAUCACAGGCGAGGGUGGCAUCAAUUUUUGGACUCAAAACAUCAAAAUCACCUCCAAAUGGCAGCCGCCUAAAAAGCGCGACGUCAUCAGUUCGUCCUUCAUUUCUUGA